AUGGGUUCUCCUAUAGCACCAGUGGUGGCCAAUAUUUUUAUGGAGGAGUUUGAGCAGAGAGCUUUGGAGAGCUGCCCGCAUAAACCCAGACUGUGGUGGCGAUAUGUGGACGACGUGUUUGCUGUUGUAUCACACAACGAUCUGGACCCGUUACUCGUCCACCUGAACGAGCGGCAUGCCAAGAUUAAGUUCACCAUUGAGAAGGAGUGCAAUGGGGCACUCCCUUUUCUGGAUGUCUUGGUGCAGCGGGACGAGCAUGGCCGGUUGACUCAUAAAGUGUAUCGUAAGUCUACACACACUGAUCGGUACCUGCAAGCUGACUCACACCAUCACCCCGCACACUUGUCUUCCGUUCCACGCGCGCUCAUCAAUAGGGCUUUACGGCUCUGUGACCCGCAGUACGUGCAAGGUGAUUCGCUGAACGGCGGCGGUGCGGAGUGA